AUGAGAAUUAUUGCAAUAACAGGAGGAGUGGGUACUGGAAAAACCACUAUGCUUGAGAUGCUGAGAGAUAGGGGAUUUGCCACCAUUAACACAGACGAAGUAACACAUCAAAUAUUGAAAGACAUUAACGUUGAAUGCAUUCGAAAGAGGUUUUUUACAGACAAGAGGUUUAGGAUGUCGCAUACAAGGCGAAUGAUGCCGAGGAUCUGUUUGCAGGUGAUACUGAGUGUAUUAUGGCUAUUCAUUAAAGGACAUUCUGUAGUUUUUAUAGAAAUUCCGCUUCUUUUUGAGCUGGGACUGCAUCGCUUGUUUUAUACGGUGAUUGUGGUAUGUAAUAAAAACUUACAAAUUGAAAGAGGAAAGAAAAUGAGUUAUCUGAACGAGAGGAUGGCAAUGCAGAUUCCACUUGAAAAGAAGAUAAUGCUUGCACAGAGGAUCAUAUAUAACAAUUCGACUAUAGACUCAUUAAGAAAACAAAUCAAAGAAAUAAGAUUAAAUGGAUGCAAUAUUUAUUAUUGUAUAGCUAUUUUUCUAACUGUAAUCUUUUUGAUUGUGUGCGAGUAG